UUCGGAUCCCCCAGUCAAAUUCCAUUCCACACUGUCUCUCUCUCUCUCUACACUUUCUCUCACUAAACUCUAUCGGUAGUCACUCAAAACAAAAUUCUGUAUCUAUAGAUAUUUUAUUUGUACAAGUUCGUUGUAUUGGCGGUUAGAUCUGUCCACCAUUCCUAUGGCGAUCGCUGUCCGCGGUGGCCGAGGCGGCGGAUCGGGGCUCGGCGGUGGCCUCCGCAGCUUCUUCUCGUAUCGCGUCUUCGUUUCGGCCAUGUUCACUCUCCUCUUCCUCGCCACUCUAUCUGUACUCUUCACCUCUCACCCCUCUCGCGAAUCCUUGAUACAGACUACUGGGAAUGCGUAUGUGCACCGGACAUUUUUAGGGUUGAAGUCAGAUCCGUUGAAGACUAGAUUAGAUUUAAUUUAUAAGCAGGCGAAUGAUCACAUUGUGCUUGUGACUGCAUAUGCAACUCAUGCAAGGAAGCUUAAGCUCGAGAUCUCUAGGCAGCUACGGACGUUUGAUGAUUUGGCUCAGAACAUUUCGGAUCUAGCGUUGAAGCCAAGUUAUCGUGUGUUGUUUGAGUCCAAUGAGCUGGUCGAUGAGGAUGUGUUGAGGCAGUUUGAGAAGGAGGUUAAGGAUAAAGUCAAGGUUGCUAGGUUAAUGAUUGCUGAUACGAAAGAAUCCUAUGAUAAUCAAUUGAAGAUUCAGAAAUUGAAAGAUACGAUAUUUGCAGUUAAAGAGUUGCUCAUUAAGGCCAAGAAGAAUGGUGCCAUUGCUAACUUAAUUGCUGCAAAAUCAACUCCUAAGAGUUUGCAUUGUCUUGCAAUGCGACUCAUGGAGGAGCGAAUUGCACAUCCCGAAAAGUAUAAAGAUGACGAGCCUAAGCCUGAGUUUGAGGAUCCAAGUUUGUAUCACUAUGCCAUAUUUUCGGACAAUGUAAUUGCUGUCUCUGUAGUGGUGAAUUCUGCGGUGAAGAAUGCUGAGGAGCCGUCAAAGCAUGUUUUUCAUAUCGUGACACAAAAAAUGAAUCUUGCAGCAAUGAAGGUUUGGUUUAAGAGGAGGCCUGUAGAAGGGGGUGCCCAUGUUGAGGUGAAAUCAGUGGAGGAUUACACAUUCUUGAAUUCUUCUUAUGUUCCGGUACUUAGGCAAAUUGAAUCGGCAAAUUCGCAGAGGUUUCACUCCGAGGACACAACAGAGAAUGUGAUUGAUGAUGUGAACACCAAAAAAACUCAAAAUAACAAGCAUUUGUCAAUGUUGAAUCACCUCCGGUUUUACUUGCCAGAGAUGUACCCGAACCUGCACCGGAUUCUUUUUCUGGAUGACGAUGUUGUAGUUCAGAAAGAUCUGACUGCAUUGUGGAAAAUUGAUAUGGAUGGAAAAGUGAAUGGAGCUGUUGAGACCUGCUUUGGGUCAUUCCACCGUUAUGCUCAGUAUUUGAACUUCUCUCACCCUCAAAUUAAGGAGAGGUUCAAUCCCAAGGCUUGUGCCUGGGCGUAUGGAAUGAAUAUAUUUGACCUUGAUGCUUGGAGGCGUGAGAAAUGCACUGAGCAGUACCACUAUUGGCAGAACUUGAAUGAGGAUCAGACUUUAUGGAAAUUUGGCACGCUUCCACCUGGCCUUCUUACCUUCUACUCAACCACAAAAUCCUUGGACAAAUCAUGGCAUAAACUGGGGCUUGGUUACAAUCCGAGUAUUAGCAUGGAUGAGAUCAAUAAUGCUGCUGUCAUUCAGUACAAUGGAAACAUGAAGCCUUGGCUCGACAUUGCUAUGAACCAAUUCAAGCAUCUCUGGACUAAAUAUGUUGAUUACGAAAUGGAGUUUGUGCAGGUGUGCAAUUUUGGCCUUUAGAGGAGUAAUUUUUGAGGUAACACAGAAUUGAGUUGCAGUCGUGGUCCAUUUUGUGUUUUUAGAAUCCUUUCAGGUCUUUAUAUUUCAUCAUUCGUUGUAACUUCAGAGCGAAGCUCUGGGCUGUGAUCCUUAUUUUUUCGACAAUAUCUCCCAUUUUUUCAUGUUCUUUUAGUCGAAGUCCUAAUUGUGAAUUGGAACCAACCUGCUUGGGUCAUGUAUACGUUCAGACGUUUCUUUUAUCUGAAAUAUUCUCUAACAGUUGAUUUGAUGACUCACAAAUGGCAAAUACGUGAUGAUUGAUUUGAUCCCA